CCACGUGGUAUCCUAGGUGUUCUUAACUUUGCGUGCGUAGUUUCGGGGAGUAUUUAGUGUUCGAACGUCAUACGAGCAGGUACGAGAAAGUUCGCUCGUUGCCAAAGCAAUAAACCCAACGUUUCAUUCAAGUAUUUAAAAAGGUGAGUCGCCUUACAAAUCUACAGUUUUGUCAAGUAUGAGAAAUAGAUUUUAGAGCAUGAUUGUGUCUAUUAGCUAUCCGUUUAGUUAGUGUGUAAGAAUUUCACAUUAUUUAAAACUGCGUCACCGCGGCGCCAGUUGGAAUGAUAUUGAUCUCACGUUGGAUCUAAUUAUUAUAUGACUUCUUAAAAUAACAAACAGAACUCUAACUUUGUGAUUUAAUUUGAGCUUUCUAAACGAAAUUGGAAUAUUUUUCAAAGAAUUAGUACUUUCUAUGUUUUUGACGACUCGCUGGAACAUUGGCUUUGCUGAGGCGGACAUACCAUAUAUAGUCAGCAUGCUAUUCAUCAAACAAUGCACUUUGCCUAGGUUAUUUGAAACCUCGUGUUUUCAAUACAAAAGUGUUUGUAUGUGUGUGUUUGUUAUCAUUCUAACGACAUUUUGUUGCGUUUUUUAAACAGAAUUUCGUGAUGGAUUUGUCACAAGUCUGCGACAUCGGUGCCUUGAUGCAGAACGGCGUAUUGCCACGACAGGACAUGGCUUACGUUCCUCCUGAUGGUAAGAGACUUUGAUUUUCUUCAGUAAAUCUCGUCUAUGAACGAUUCUAUGUUCAUCUGCUAUCAAAUCAUGCUAUAGACAUGCAUACUAUGCUCGUUUCUCUUUCCUUAUCUCUUCAAUUUCAAAGCGUAUAUCUAAACACAGUUUGUUUGUCUAUUUAAACAGUUCAAUACGUCUUAAAUAGUGGAGUCAAUUCCCUGUUUCAAACUUUUCGCGAGGAAACUAACGGAAUUCCCGAUGGUGAGUAUCUUAACUUUUUAUCGAAAUUCGUUCUUUCACUUUCGACUUGAUAUGAAAAGCUUUUCUAUUAAAAUGACGUAAUGUUUAAUUAUCGCGUGAUGUUUUUCAUCGGCGAAAUUAAUCAACGCCCUUUUGAGUCCUCCCACGCUAAGUACCUGUCAACACAGGAAUGUGGGGUAAACCGGUUUUGUCUAACCUGUUUGGGCAGAUCUUGAUAUAAUUGAUACAGGUUUCUUAUUACACACCAAUAUGCCUUGUUCUUCUUGACUGCAUUGAUAAAUGAUAAUUGACAUACUAAAAUACAAUUUACUAAAAACAUGGUUGAUUAUAUUUCUCGUUGGGUUUUGAUGCAAUUACCUAUUGAGUUCAAAAUUCACAGUUUCAAAAACUCGUAUCAGUGACAGUGGCGUGUAUUUUUUCUUUGGAACUCUUGCCAGUCUACGACUAAACAACUAAUUGGUCAAACUGGUUUGAUUUGAUGAUUUGGCAUGUUCGGGCAGAUUAUUAAUUACUGUUUUUUCCUAUUACAGAUCCUAGAGAUUGGACAUCUCAGGACGUGUGUCAAUGGCUGGGGUGGGCUGAAGCUAAGUUUAACCUUGGCAUUCAACUAUCAAGCUUCUUGGAUCAGUAUGGAUUCGUCUAUGAUGGAAAAGCUCUCUGCCGACUUACAAAACGCAAUCUGUGCUUUAAUACAUCGGUAGCUAUUGGAGAGAUUCUAUGGCAAUCUCUACAGAGAAUCUGCCACGGUGAGUUGUGAUAUUGAAAUACAUCAUCGCAUAUAUAGAUAGUUAAUAAUAUAAUAUAUAUUACUACGCCUUUUCUCACAAAAAAACUUUUUCUCAAAUCAAAUAUUUUCUCUUUUUAGAGUAUAACAAAAAACAAGAACAGAUGAGGCAAAAAUAUCAAUCUUUGCCAAGCAUUUCUGAAAUUGCAGUUGCAAAGGAAAAUGCAACAGCAGUGGUUCCAACACUUGAUGCAAGCAGCAGCCCACUUCAUGAUAUGGCAGGUGAUGCAGAUGACUUCCUUGCAAGGCUGACCAGUGCACCAUCCCCAGUACGGUCUGAAUUUUCAGACUACGGGAGCAUGCCUCGUUCUCCAGCCAGUGUAUCUGGACUAUCCGGUUAGUUGGCUUUUACUCAAAAGAAGUAAAAGUUUUAAGUACAGUAUUACAGUAUAUUUAUCAAUUAUCAUCAUCACUUUAUUUAUUUAUGUUUAUUAAAAAAGAAAUUAAAAGGAUAACCUCUUCAGUUUAAAAACAACUGCUAUCAAUGAGUUUUAUAACCAGUAAUAUGUAUUUUAUAUACAGUCAGGACUAGUCAACACUUUUUAUUUUAAAUGUGUCAAUUUAUAUAAUGUAGGCUAAAUCAUUUUUUAAUUUCCAAUCAAUGACCAACAAAAUUAUAUUCCCUAUAAAAAUUAUUGCAUAAAUUUCUAUAUAAUUCAUCACCAGCUACAUCAUUAGUUUAAUUAAAACUUGUGUUAUGUUUUGGUUAGCAUAACGAACUGUACAAAUUUUGAUCUAAUUGUAUUUUAACAUUCUUUACAGAGUUGGAUAAUUCACCAGUCCAGUCACCACAACCGCAGGCACCUAGUCCUGAUUCACACCCUGUUAAAUCACCAUCGGGUCGCUCACCACCUGGUCGUAAACGAGGGCCAAAGCCGACCAUCAGAUACUCUGGUAAAUAUUUAAACUAUAAAAUUAAUCCUUUACUUCAUACUUGGCUUUUGAGAAUGGUGUAAAGAUCCAGGGUCCCUGCAAAGCUUGGAUUUUAAGAUUUUUAAUAUUUUUCCAUCAGUAGCUAUAUACUGUACCCUGCGGCCAAUGUUAAAUACGCAAUCCAUUAUAACUGAAUCUCUGCAAGCACUGCAUAAAAUGGUUAAAUUUGGAAAAUUAAUUUGAUGUUUUUGUUUUAAAGGCAACGGACCAAUUCAACUGUGGCAGUUUCUGUUAGAAUUGCUUCUUGAUGAGGAGCAGAAAACUGAUGUUGAAUGGACUGGUCAAGACCGGUUCGAAUUCAAGCUUCUGGACCCAGAAAAUGUUGCCAAGUUAUGGGGAAAACGAAAGAAUAAGCCGAAAAUGAACUAUGAGAAGUUAAGUCGUGGUCUGCGAUACUACUACGACAAAAAUAUCAUCUCCAAAGUCCAUGGCAAGCGAUAUGUUUACCGCUUCUUAUGUGAUAUUGAGAAAGUUCUUGGGUAUGACCCAACCUCGUGUGUUGGACAACAGGAGGAGAAGCCAGCAGUUGUCAAAGAGGAGAAGGAGACUCUUGUUCCGUCACCAGAUUGUGCACAACCCAAGUGUGAACCCGAACCCAUUCCUCCCAGCCCACUGGAUUCCGUCAUCUCUGAUGAUGAUCUCUUUCAUUCCCAAUCAAGCCCUAUCUAUUCCACUGAUUCCUUUCUUGAUGAUGAUCUCCAGACAAUUGGUUUUGAUGAUCUCGUCUUUGAUAUCAGUGUUCCUGAUGACAUCGUCCCGGAUGAUGCCUUCGACAGUCUUUACAUGUUGUAAAGAUUUGUUUUAUUGUUUCUUGGACCCUGAUGGUAGUAUGCCAUCCAAUGUUGUUUACCACCUUUAUGGUGGUAACAUUUGUAGCUUGUAUCAAGCAAUUUAGUUUUAAAUAUUCUGUGAAUAUGUUUUUUAUGUCGGAUAUUUCGACAAAAAGUUUUGAGCUUUAGUGCCUUUGGCCAAAGAUGUAUAUAUUAUAGUUUAUUGUAGCACAUUACUUUGUGUGGUAAUUAUACACAUGUGACUACUUGUCAAGUAAUAUACCAAGAUAUUCAAAAUGAACAUGAAAACUUGUUUACUAAACUCCAAAAACGUGUGCAUCAUUAAGAAAUGUUCGUUGUUUGUGGAGGUAUACGUAAAUAUUAUAUUUAGGUUCAAUUGCAAUUUAUUUGACUUGUGAACUAUUUGACAAGAUAUCAUAUGGGUAUGGUUUAUUUAAUUUAAAAUCAAUAAGCUUUUACCAUCCAUGUAAAGUUUGGUGAAAACUUCGAUGAACAGUUAUAGAAAGAGACAACCUGUGGUAUUAACAGACUAUAUUGUAGUGCAUAUUUGCACGGUAAAUUUUAUAGUGUUGAAGAGGUAUUAUCUUCUCACUUAUUUUUAAUUUUCAAUAAAGUUUUACAUGUC